AGUUCAGGACGGGACAAGUCCUCGCGCCACGGGCCAAUAGACGAGACAAAGCGGAAGAACUGUCUAGAAGCCGUUGCAAAUGGUAUUCUUCUCCUCUUCCUCUCCAGAACUGUUGCUGCCAUUCAUUGUUAAUCAGCUGCCCUGUUCCAUCCCAGAGGUGGCUGCCUUUCAGUGUUGUGAUUCCUGUGUACAGUUUGUAAAGUCCUUUGGGAUGAACAGGACUAUAAAUACGCCCUUCAGCGGCAAUUCCUCCGUGACUCACCGUCACAAACCCAGAAAGAACCAGAACGAGAUUAUCAUGUGCUGGGACUUCUUUUGGGGCCAGAGAUUUGAUCCUCCACCAGCCUGAUUUCCAGCUAAAGCCUUCCCCAAUGGCUUGGAGAGGUGGGAGAGAGCUGUUAAUGUGUAACUCUCCAAGACUUAUAAGAUCUCCUGCGGGAGGUGUACCUGAGCCAGAUCCUCAGCAGCUCCCAGCCGCGUCUGUCCAGCACCAGCAAGGAGGAUGUCUGAGAAAUUUGAAAUCUUGAACCUGGAUCUGAAAGCAGGGAACACCCUGAAGAUAAAGGGCAACAUCGCCAAUGAUGCUGAGAACUUUGUGAUUAACCUUGGCAAGAGCCCUAGUGAGCUGGGGCUGCACUUCAAUCCUCGCUUCAAUGAAUCCACCAUCAUCUGCAACUCCAAAUGUGCCAACUCUUGGCAGUCGGAGCAUCGCGACAAGCACCUGUCAUUCUCCCGGGGCUCAGAGGUCAAGUUUAUCAUCAGCUUCCUGGGAGACAAGUUCAAGGUGAAGCUGCCAGACGGGCAUGAGGUGGAGUUCCCCAACCGGCACGGCUACGACAAGAUCACCUAUCUGAGUGUGCAGGGCGGGUUCAAAGUCAUCUCCUUCAAACAAGAAUGAUGGGCCCCGCUUCCCUGCUGUAAUAAAGACCCCAGGUGAGGGGCUAGUUUGUCCCAAC